GCAACUGCAUUACUUUUUGAAGAAAACGAAAAGAGAGACGUUUCUCUUCUGCCUCUGUCAUGCGAGCGUCGUGAUCGUCUACGGCACACCAGUUUUCUUGUAUGUAAAAACAACAACUGAGUUUAUCUUCUGUUCUCAUUGGAGUUGUGGCGGCCCUCUUUUCAAAUUUGCUGCAGCGCACAGCUUCUUUUUGUUUGGUUCGCCUUGGGCCUUUUCCCACUUUUUCGUCUGCGACAAGAGCGCUCCUCUGAUCCGAGUAGCGCACGCACCCGCGGUCUCCUCACUCUGCCAGAGUUAUUAGAAGAAGAGGGUUUGGGUCGUUGCGUUUCUUUUUUGUGGUCUGCCUCUCUUUCUUUUCCUCCACUUCCUCAUGUCGCUUUUCAUCGUCAACACCCCCAAGUACGAUGGGCAGCUGAAGGAGAACCUCAUCGCAGCGCACAAGUCAAAGCCGCUGCUCGCCACCGGCUGGAUCAACCCCCAGUCCGUGCUCAUCACCAGCAAUGAAGGCGAAGUACUCACCUCCAUUAAAGAGCCAGCUGGCUCGACAGGGCGGACGCAGCAGCCGACGGUGCUUGCGUGGCACCCGGUGGAGCCGCUGCUCGUGAUUGGCUGGAGCAACGGCAAGAUGAGUCUUUGGGCGAUGCCGACGGCGAGUGCGUUGGCGCUGGGCGAUGAGGCCGUAGCGGAGACCACUAGCAGCGCCGUGCAGCUCCUCGCCGCCUGCGCCGCCACGCAGAGUGACGCAGAAGGCGCGGUGCGGGAACACGGCGCGGGGGCGGUGCUGGCCGCAGAGUGGUCCACCCGGGGUCUGUACUUUGUCUCGACCUCUCAGCAGCGCUACGUGGUGGCUUGGAUGCUGGAGCAGACGGCAACCGAGGCGAGCGUCAACUUCAAGCUGAAACCGCUGUGGUCCGUCCAGGCGUCCGGUCCUGUGGUACGCGUGAUACACGUCCCGGGUGCUGUCACAGGACGGUCGAUGUCCGUGGCGAGGGCGGACGCUGUCGGUGGUGGUGCCGAGGGUGGCAGUGGCGAUGACGACAUCAACUUUUUGUUGGCGGACGGCACCUCCACCAUUUUAGCCGUCAACGAGGAGCAGCAGCUUUUUCCGUCUGUGACGCAGCAGGAGCCGAUUGUGUCGGUGAUCUACGACCCCCGCACCCGCACGCUCGUCACGCUCAGCACCAGCUACAUGAUCGAGGCGUACAAGGUGGGCGCGGAGGACCUCAAAGGAACGUCUACCGUGCGCCGCAAGCUGCCCACCCCAUCCGCUGCCGCCGUCGGCGUCACCGCAUCCGGGGGGAAGAUUCCCACCUCCAUGGUGUGGGCUGGUCCGGGCGUCGUGGCGUUUGGCGGCGGUGACGAUCGGCUGCGUCUCUUCGAGCUGCUCACCGAGUCGCUGGACGUGCUCACGUUGCCGCAGCCCGGCCUUCACGUCUCCUGCCUUGCCACGAACGUCGGGAGGAGCGUGUUGACGGCCGGCACGGUGGAGGGCACUUUGGUGGUGUUCCAGCGUAUUACCGGUGGCUCUGGCGCGGCUCCAUCAGCAGCGGCAGCGGCGACAAACAACUCAGUGAACGGCGCCGUCCAUCCGUCUUCCAGCGUGAGUGCGGCCAACAGAGUGUCCGUCUUUGCCCUCGGCGCCGAGGCCGGCCUCGCCAGCCAGUGGGAGCCCUUAGUAGUGCAUCAGGUGGACAAGUACGUCGACCGACUUCUGCUCACGGCACUGGGCGACACGGUGGUAUGCCGCGGCGGCACGGAGCUGCAGGUGCUGCACGAAACGAGCCGCAAACGGGCCUGGGAUGGCGUCGCGGCGGCCACGCAGAUAUCGGCGGACAUGGUAGUGAUUGAGAGUGUCACGGGCUGCCAGUGUUUGCUGCGCAGCAAAGGCAACGUCCGCGGUCUGUCGAUUGCGUUCCCUAACAUUGCCCUGUGGAAUGGCUCGCAGAUCGAUCUCUACACCAUCAACGAGGCAACGUCGGAGUUUACGCUCGUGAACUUUGUGCCGUCGACGAGCGCCGCCUUCGCGAUGCACCACGACGGACUCAUCUACGUGAAGGGCAGCCGCGUCGUGUUCGAGACGAUGCAGCUCGCUCCGAUUGCACAGAUGACCUUCACCGAGGCGGAGGGCGCACCGGUGAUCAUGGACCUCAUGAACGACUAUCUGGUGGCGGUCUCCUCGAAGAACUACCUGCGGCUUGCCCGUGUGUCUUCGCGGGACUUACGCCAGGUCGGGCCCGCCCGUCCUCUCACCUUCGACACUGCCGGGGCGGCGACGGAGCCGACAGCUGCGCAAACACGACGGAUGUCUUCCGCACUCACUGGAGCAGGAGCAGCAGCCGCCUCGCAGACGGCGGCGGCCUCCGUGCUGUCCGUCCGCGUCAACGCACAGGGGCGCCGCGUCGCUUUCAUGACGAAGCCUGGCGCCUCGGGGCUGCCCGACACGCGCGUUUGGGUGUACAACUCCGACACCGAUAAGAUGUCCUCCUUCGACUUCGCUCCGCGAAACGAGGUGCCUAACGCGGUGUACUGGAACACGCCGGAGCCGAACACAAACACCGUCGGUGAGCUGGAGUACCUCCUGCUCGCCUGCGAGACUCACCAGACGCGCUCCGACGACAAGAAACCGGCAGAGGCAGAAGAGUCUGCCGCAAAAUCCGAGAGAGACACCGCGAGUAAGGGCGCGGAACGGCCUGCGGGGCAAGAGGACCUCCCGGAGGCGCUGCCGGACAUGGAGAACUUUGUCGAGAAGAAGGAGGCCAUGGAGGACGCCCGUCGCGGCUCACUGGGCGCGACGAACUUCAUUGACCACCGCGCGCACAACAUCGUGACGCUCUUCGCAACGCACACGGGUCUCGUCGAGCAGAACGUGUGCUCGCUGCGUCGCUACCAGAUCUGCCUCGUCGGUCUCACCAUCCCCGACUUUCUGCUAGCUUCGGUUAAGAUCAACGGCAACCCCAGCAACGCAGAGGACUACGUCAUUGAGCAAAAGCGGCUGCGUGAUUUUGAGGGGCUGAAGUCGGACAAAGACGUCGCGGUGCGCGAGGCGCUCAUGAAGUUCAGCUACUACUCCACCAUCGGUAACAUGGACGAGGCGUACCGCUGCGUGAAAAACAUCAAGAAUCCCGCCGCGUGGCAGGGCUUGGCGCGGCUGUGCGUGUCCAGCGGGCGGUUAGAUGUGGCCGCCGUGUGCCUCGCUACGAUGGAGGACUGCGUCGCCGCACGGGCGCUGCGGGAGGCGCGUGAAGAGUACCCAGACGAGAAGGACGUGCAACUGGCCACGCUGGCGCUGGGGCUCGGCAUGACGGAAGAGUGCGAGACGCUGCUGCGGAAGGCGAGGCGGUUCGACUUGAUGACGGAUGUCUUCAUGGCGUGCGGCAAGUUCGAGCACGCCCAGCGGCACUCCGAGAAGUUCGACCGCGUGCGCAUUCGACCCGUCGCCUACAAGUACGCCCAGUUCAUGGAGAGCCUGCAAAAUAUGGACGCGGCGAUCAUGUGGUACUACAACGCGAAGUGCGCAGGCACCGAUGUGCCGCGCAUUUUCUUCCAGACGAACCGGAUGCACGAGCUGCGUGACUUCAUGGUGCCGCGCAGCCACCCGGCAACACCGAUGGCAAACAACAGCCCGACUGCAGGCAGUAACGCCGGCAAUUCGCCCGCACGCGAGGACACGCAGGCCGCCUUUGCCACCCUCUUCCCCCGCAAUCGCGAGUUGCUGCUGUGGUGGGCGCAGCACAGCGAGCGGCGCCGCAACGUGCAGGAGGCCCUUCGCUUCUACCACGCGGGCGACGACGUUUACAGCAUGGUGCGCGUCCUUUGCUCCCUCAGCCCGCCGAAAUUGGAGAACGCCAUCGAGUUGGUGAAGAAAGAGAUAGACAAGGCAAAGGAGCGCUUUCAGCAGCAACAAGCCUUCGCUGCGACUGCUCCCGGGCAUCGAGCGGACGAAGAUCAGGGCGAGCCCGAUCCCGUCGGUGCCGCCUUCUUUGUAGGCCAGAUUUAUGAGCGGCAGGGCGACUUGGCACAUGGGCUGCAGUACUAUCAGACCGCUGGCGCCUACCGCAGCGGCUGCCGCGUGGCGUGGAAGGCGGAGCAGUACGGCGCGGUGGUCUCCCUCGCGAUGAAGAGCGCGGACGAGCGGCUGAUGCUGGAGACGGCGAUGGCCUUUGAGCAGCAGCAGCUUUUUGACAAGGCAGUCCAGUUGUACCGCCGCAUCGGCGCGGUGCAGUGUGCCUUGGACGCCUGCGUGAAGGGAGGACUCUACGAAACCCUGCACGAGAUCAGCGCGAACCUGGCCAGCGCUUCGACCGACCCGGCUGUGUUUCUCGGCAUGGCGGAUCACUUCCAGAGCGAAGGUGACUAUCAGAAAGCGGUGGAGAUGCUCGUCUUUGCGAAGCACUUCGACGAGGCCAUGAAGCUCUGCGAGACCCGCAACGUGACCUUGACGGAGGAGAUGGCGGAGUCCAUUACCGGCGACGUUGGCAAGCUGCCGCAGGAGGAGAAGCAGGCGCUGCUGCACCGGGUUGCGCACAUCGCCCGCGAUCAGGGCAGCUGGUCGCUGGCUUGCAAGAAGUACACCCAGGCUGGUGACCGCGUGAAGGCGAUGAAGAUGCUCAUGCGCGGUGGUGAGACGGAGAAGGUGAUCUUCUUCGCGAACCACUCCCGCAAUGCAGAGAUCUACACUUUGGCGGCAAACUACCUCCAGUCGCAGAACUGGCUCGCCGAGGCGAACAUCUACAAAAGCAUCGUGCUCUUCUACACGAAGGCGAAGGCCUUCUCCAACUUGGUCGCCUUUUACGAGUCGUGUGCGCAGCUGCAGGUGGACGAAAACCGCGACUACGCCGAGGCACUGCGGGUGCUGGAGGAGUGCAUCCGGCUGACGCAGACCGGACCCGCCAUCAAGGCCACGAUCGACCCGGUCAAGAUCGAGAACAUGAAGCGCAGAGUCGAAGUGAUGCGUGGUUUCGUGAAUGCACAACGCCUGUGCAACUCCAUGAAUCCCGCGGACCGCGGAGUGCCGGAGGAGAAGGCGAAAGGCGACAGCGUCAUCGCUACGUGCUCUGACAUCAUCAAGCGCAGCCGACCGGCGAGCCCCGACCACAGCCUCAUUCUCGAGUCCGUGCACGUCGGCGACGUCUUUGCGCUCAUGGUGCGCUUCUACUUUGACAAACUCGGUGAGCCGAACAACGCGCUCAAGGUGAUGGAGAGCAUGCCGAAGCACGGCGCGGAGCCGCAGUUGUUUAUAGAGAUGGAUUACAUGGAAAAGGUAUGCAAGGCAAAUGGUAAGGCGCUCGAAAGCGUGUUCCCGAACGCGCGCUCUGGCGACGCACUAGGCGUGAAAGAUGCCGCACGCAAGUCGAGCAUCACUGACACCCGCCGCGCGAGCUAUAUUGACGAUGACGUUGCGAGCAACUAG